CCCCGGCCCCGCUCCCCGCCCGGGCGCGGCGGGGCGGAGCGGCGGGGCGGAGCGGGCUCGGGAGAACGGCGGGAUAUACGCGGAACGUCGGGCGAGCGCGGAGCGGCGCGGAGCGGCCGGCCGAGUUACGGUCCCGGCAGGGCUGGCCCGGCCCGGCCCGGCCCGCCUGCAUGCGGCGGCGGCGGCGGCGGGGCGGCCGGGCGGGAUGAACGGCUCGGCGGCGGCGGCGGGGGGCGGCGGGACGGCGGCGGCGGGGCUGCUGGCGGGCGCCGGGAGCGCGGCGCUGGAGCUGGAGCGGGCCCUGCGCUGCUGCACCGCCGCCUCCGUGGUGACCGACGGCGGCGGGGCGGCGGCGGCGGCGGAGGAGCGGAGCCUCUACAUCAUGCGGGUGGUGCAGAUCGCCGUGAUGUGCGUCCUCGCCCUCACCGUCGUCUUCGGCAUCUUCUUCCUGGGCUGCAACCUGCUCAUCAAGUCCGAAGGGAUGAUCAACUUUCUGGUCAAGGACCGACGGCCGUCCAAGGAGGUGGAGGCGGUGGUGGUGGGGCCCUACUGACCCGCGGCGGCCCCCGACGGCGCGGCACCGGGGGACACCGACCUGGGCCGCCCGCUCCCCGCGCCCGCAGCACGGCGGCCGGCCCCCCCCCGCCUCCAGACAGUGCGGGGUUUGCUGGGUUUCUUUUCUUUCCUCCUUCAAAACGACAACAAACGAACCCCGAGAUCGCGGAGGCCGGUGAGACGUGCGGGGGUCGCCGGCGCCUGCGGCCAACCCCCCCUCUCCCGCCCCCGCCCCGAAGUAAAACGUGCUCUGAUGGCAA